GCGAUUCAGUCUGGAUCGAUUUCGGAGCUAAGGAUAAUGUUUACAAAAGUAAUAUUACUGGCGGUAGCCCUGCAGGCUUCCCGGGUGGCCGCCGAUGUAUCGGGAGUUAUUCAAGCAGAUCUGAUGGAGGAUCCUGUUUUCACUUUCGCAUGUAAUAAUAAUUUCGGCGCUGGAUGUACUGCUUGUAAAGCAGCCCAGGUUUGCCUUGGAACCGAAAAUGUGGCUGAUGUGGACUGCACUGUUACACCGGCCACCCCCUAUUGCAAUAAAGACCAAUGUUCUUCCGUUCCUGCUGAAGGAUGUCAACCUGAUGCCCAAGUGGAGAAAUUCAUCUGUACAGCAGAAGGAUUUUUUCCAGAUCCGAAACAGUGCGGAAACUAUCACUAUUGCGAAAAAGCAAAUGCCAUUUCGGAUCUUUACAACUGUCCUACUGGUUAUGUUUACAAUCCCGUCACCGGAUUAUGUAAGAGGAAUUCUUCCGCUUCAGAUUGUGUGGUGAUCAAAUGCCCUUCAGCCAGCGGAUAUGGCUCUUACGGUACCAACAAGACGUUGUAUGCCUAUUGUAGAUAUGCGGGAACUCCGGCAGUGCUCACACAAACGAUUGUGUUCAAGUGCGCACCGAACUCAGCUUUUGAUGGUUCUACAUGCGUAUAUCAAUGCUCGAAAGAAGGAAAAUUCGAAAAUACUGUCAAUAAGUCAACUUACUACGAAUGCUCCAUUUUAGGCGGAAAGUGGGUGUCUACUCUUAACAAUUGUCCUACAAAUAAGAAGUUCGACCCCACCAAACAGGUUUGUGUUACCCAAAACUAAAUGAAUUAUUUCAAAUAAAGGACGAAACAUG